AUGACUGAAAACCGAAAUUCGUACUUUAAGGAUACAGACUGUAAUGAUUGGGAUGUUGUCGGGUUUUACCGAAACUGGAUACACAACCACGAAGAGGACAACAGCAAGCUCAAUUACCAGAAGGCUAAAGACAGACUUAUUAAGUGUCUUGAGGAUAUUGUUGCUUUAUCUCCUUCCGGCAACGAAGUCAGAAAAGCCCAAGAUCUUCUGAAAACAGCAAAGGCGAGACGUGCAUCUGUUUGUUGCACUUCUGAUGAUCUGUUUGUUCGUUGUGGUCUGCCAAUUUCGUUGGUAGAGUGGGGUUCCUUAAAUCAAAAACGUAAGGCGGGAAGUACCAUCGAUGACAUAUGGAAAUCCGUCGAGAUCGAUGUAUACUCGAAAAAGACCGAGUUGGCGAAGGCGAAGCUGAAACAUGUUCAGAUAAGCGGAAUGGUACGUGCCGCAAAAGAAAAUCAAGAUUAUGCAAGUACUAUGAAUAAGGGAGUUUUAUUGGACUUGGAGGGAGAGUUUGCUGAGAGGAAGAACAAACGAGUGCUUUUUGAGUCGAAUGAAGUCAAUAAAUAUGCAGAGACUCUAAAUAAGAGACCACGUAAACAGUAUUCAGUGGAGAAGGUAAAGGGUUUUUCGGCUGAAUAUGAUGGACAAAUAUUGGAUCCAGAACUCUUUCUCGUAGAGACUGAUAAGGAGUAUAGUGUUGAGAGGGAGCAUCCUUUUGACGACAAUGAAUGGACUUUAAAGUCUGGCCUGAAAUUAGCAGAUAUUUUAAAAGUGGCGGCAGGCAUUAAUGGUCAUUUGAUGAGACCAGAAGUGUGGGGUAUAGUCCGUUGUGGACUAAAAGUCGCAAAACCCAAAUGGUGUGAAGAAGACGAAUACGUUGAAAUACAGAAAACUACAAAACCACGUAGCAUUGUUAAUCCUCCGGAGUUCAUCACAAAUUUGCUGAAAAAUAAGUCUCUCAUGGCUUUAGGAAAGGAACUAAACAAAAUUAAAAUAAAGGAGUUGAUGAAGCUGAAUGACGAUUUGGAAGAGGCAAACCAACUAAUACUAAUAUCAGCACCGCCGGAUGCUAUGACAUCAUUUUUUGUCAAGAUACUGUCUCGGUUUCAUCAAUUUGUUUUUCCACAACAAUCUAUCAUGCAACAAAUUGGUGUGUCGGAAGCUUCUUAUGGCGCAUAUAUAAUGCAUCCUUGUUUCAUAGAACUUCUUACGGGAUUGGAAGACCACUUGUUUUAUGAACCGGGAGAAGUCAUCCUAUCAUCUAUCAAAUCCUGUUGCGAACGGCGGAAGUGUGAGUCCUUCGAGCAAAAGGCGGAUGGUAGAUUUCUAGCACGCUUGAAAAGGUCGUGUAUCGAGAUCGGGCAUUUAGAAAUGUCGGGGGGCUAUGGCCACCGUGAGAUUCCACGAUCUACGUGGGACGGAUGUUGUAAAGGUCCUUUAGGCAAUAUGUAUAUGUUCGAGGAGAUCGGUGAGAGGUAUCGCAAAGCAUCACCAAAGUCAUUUGCGAACACAUAUGUCUUUUUCGUGCAUACUUAUGAAGACAAAAUUGAAAUUUGGCAAAUGCACAACUGUGCUCGAGGAGUUUUACAAUGGGAGCGUACGCACAAAGCAAUUGUUCCGAUCUGCUAUGAAGAGCAGAAAAAACAUUUUUUUGAUUUUGUGAUCUUGCUCUGGGAUCUAAAGGAAGGUUUAAUAAAUACAGCAAACAUGAUCAAGCAGUUACAAGAUGAGGACAAUGAUGGUGUAUCCAAGUUAUCAGGCAGACUUCCUCCGCAUCCAGGUAAACCUGACAAAGAACUUCACAAAAAAGGUAUAAAUAAUGUUGAAGUCGAGAGCGAUAUGUCAAGUUCUCCUAUUCGAGAGGACUACUAG